UGUAAUAGUGUCAUGCACUUUCACUUUCACUUUGACUACUGCUGCACUUUAGUCUAUUACAGGGGAGACUCGGGUGGAAGAGAGGAAGCCAGGAGACCAGCCCUUCCAGUGACUCUACAUGGAGCGCGGUGAGAGCGCAGACGUUGCAAUAUUCUCCAGGUCAGAAGAGAAUGAUUACCGCUGGCUACUUAGUAUCCUGAGUGAAGAUUUCACUGUGGGCACCUUCCUCAUCUCCAACAGCAAUCACCUGCAGUUCAUACAAGAAGUCCGGAACUGCAGGUUUGCUAUAUUGUACCACACGAAAAACAGAGGACGAGUCAACAUCACCAAUGUCACUGAUUCACUGUAUGAUGAGGAAAUAAAAGUUCUGUCCCGUGAGCUUGGUAAAAACCAAGUCAUAGUGGUAAUUGAUGACCUGGAAGACAGCAGCGAUGAUACAAAGCGAAGGAUUCUGGAACAGCAGCCAAGUCUGAGGGAUCUGACCCGAGAUAUCUCACUAUUCACCGUACAAGAUAAGGUGGAUCCUGAAGUACUGAGACUUAAAGUGCAAAUCAUAAUAGAAUGGAUUUCUUAUGAUACGGAGUCAGUCGCUAUUUCUAUACCAAUAAUAGACAGGGACAGCAGCAGUGGCCGGAGAAGGUAUAAGACGGGAAUACUGCAAGUGGCAACGGUAUUAUCACCUUCUCUGCGUGUCUGGUGGGAUACUUACCUCGCACCACAAUGGAAACAUCUAAUGCUGUCCAGUCUCUGGGCCGUAAUGUGUUGGAGGAUUUUAUGCUGCAAGCCAUCGACGCCCAUACUACCCAUUCGUUUCCUCCGAGUCAGCUUAUCCUACACAGUGACUCUGGUCAGUGCCUAUAAUGCUUACCGCGAACCCAGCUGUGCCAACGUUACGCUCUCCGUCCUGUGGGUUACCGCCAGCUCAAGACAUUUAUUCUAUCGGAAACAAAGACGUUCAAGUGUCACCGUCUGGCGGAUAAUGGCGUACGGGCUAGCGCUGUUCACUUUUUGGAAAGCCUGGCAUUCACGAAUCACAACUGAAGUAUCAGGGCAGAUCUAUCGGGUUAUUCUCCUUUCUCCCGCUAUCCUGGCAUCUGAAUGAUUCUAUCAUAAACCAAAGUGAUUGGACAACAGAAUCUACACUGUGUCACACGCGAUGUGUAUAAUAAAUGUGUAACGUUU